AUGGCUAGAAUGAACCACCCAGCUCCUGUGGAAGUUACAUACAGGAACAUGAGACUUCUUAUUACAUACAACCCAACUAAUGCAACGUUAAGCAAAUUUAUAGAGGAACUUAAGAAGUAUGGAGUUACCACAAUCGUAAGAGUAUGUGAAGCUACUUAUGACACUACUCUUGUGGAGAAAGAAGGCAUCCAUGUUCUUGAUUGGCGUUUUGAUGAUUGCGCACCACCAUCUAACCAGAUUGCUGAUGACGGGUUAAGUCUUGUGAAAAUUAAGUUUCGUGAAGACCCUGGAUGUUGUAUUGCUGUUCAUUGUGUGGCAGGCCUUGGCAGAGCUCCACGGCGAGCUUUUAACAGCAAGCAACUUUUGUAUUUGGAGAAGUAUCGUCCUAAAAUGUGGCUGUGCUUCAAAGACUCCAAUGGGCAUAGAAACAACUGUUGCAUUCAGUAAAACUAGGGUGCAUGAUGCCAUUGCUUGGAAGUGGAACCUGAGACACGAUGGAAUUUGUCGUACAUAGCAGAUAGCCCAGUUGACUUGGUGAAUAAGUCUGAUGAAGCUUCCAUAGGAGUGUUGAAAAGCAGUUUUACCAGGCCAUAGGCCUGGCAGAAUUGCAGUCUCUGUUCAGGUUAUGAUCAACCUAUUUGAAUACUAGUAAAGAAUUCUUGCUGUUCAGCAUUAAUAUGUGCUUAUAAUUUGUACCAAUUGACCUUUCCUGAAAUCAUGCAGUAUUGAGUCAUGUCAUUAAAUCUGUUUCCAUGCCAGAAUCUUACCAAUAC